GAGCUAUUAGUUGAUUAACGUAAACAUUAACUAUUCAUUAGCGGGGAAUUAUAUAAGCUUAAAAAAUGACUAUCCAUAGGCUGUUCAACUCGUCGUACGUAUUCUUGGUCUGUCUUAUCAAUUAGCUUAAGUUGUAUAUGCCAACGUCACGUUUACUUGCUUUUGAGCAAUAUACAUACAUACGUAUGCGUGUGUGUAUAUGUGUUUGCAUGUACAAUAUUUACUGUGAGGUAGGCAUUUAAAUUUGUUUGCAUUAAUGAACAUUGGCAAGCAAAGUUAUAUUGCAGAUAAAAUAUUUUGUCCAGGUCAACCCACAUUAUAUGAAAAUUCUUUCUUUGAAAAUAGAAAUACAUACAUAUAUGGAUUUAUGGCGAGUUCGUCUAGGGAGAUUAUGUUUCAUUGUAGCUCGUUAAGUGAUUUAUUGCAAUUAUUUUAUACAACAAACGAUGUUUCAAAACACACAAAAAAUAAUGUAUGCAUAUUUCAUACAUACAUACACGCUUUAAUUAAUUUUGCCCUAGAUCUGCACCGCAUAGGUGUACUUAUUAUAUGUAUGUAUGUAUUAUCAAUGAUUGUGUAUUUAUUUUUUUACCAAAGCACUAGUCUAGCCCAAUCUUUGUAUAUUUAAAUAUGUAUGUAUGUAUAUAUACUUAACUUCCCACUGCAGAAAGAAUAGAUAGAAAAGUGUGUGAGAUAAGACUCUGAAAAGUUAUCGUACUAUAUUAUAGCACAUGUGUAGAAUUAAAAUUUCAAAACGUGGAGUAUUUUCUAACAGAUAGAUACACAUAUGUAUGUAUGUAGGUAAUUCUAAAUUGUUUUUGUGUGAAUUUUGCAUAAGAAUAACUGUUAUUGUACUCAUAGGUAUUGUGGAGAGUAGUUUUAGAACAGCUCUGAACAGUUAAGGCCCCAUUUUAAUCCAUUCUUCGUAGUAUUUUGCUAUAUUUUUGUUAUAUAUUGUUAACUAAUCACUAAUGAGAGAUACCAAUCUGAAGGCUUUCUGAAAGAAUUUAGCUUAAAUCUUUACUGCCGAUUAUACACACGUGUCAUGUACAUACAUAUAUGUAUGUAUGUAUGUAUGGGCAUACAAUCCCGAAUGUCUGCACCUAAGUGUAAAUGUAUAUUUGCGCUUAAUUGUUUUUAUAACGCACAAAUUGGGUUCAUUGUACCCGAAAAAUAAUCCCACAGAUCGAUGCUGUAAAAAAUUGAACACAUGUACAUACAUACAUAUGUAUGUAUAAUAUACAUAUGUAUCUUUUUAUAUGGUCUAAGGUGAAUAGUGCUGUCAAGUGAUGAUUGAAUAUAUACAUAUGUACAUGCACAUGAGAAGCACCUAUGUAUCGUAGCCUUCGAGUUCUCUGAGUAAUGAUGAAUCUUUUUUUAAUUUUAUUACAUGUACAUACAUACAUAUGUAUGUACGUAAUUAAAAUGGUAAAGAGAUUUUCAGAAUUCAAAUGUAAUUUGGCUCCGUAUUGAGAUAAAACUUGUUGAAGCAAUUAUUUGACGAAAAUUGAUUUUAUCAAAUAUUAUAUUAAAAACAAGAAAUACAUUCCAUAUUACAGUAGUGAACAAUGGAGCUUCAAAAUAUAGGUGUUGACACGUCAAGUUUCCUAACGAAGCCAACUGUAAAUAUACUGGUGCCAAUAGUCUAUAAUUCCAGCAAUAUAAUAAUUAUAUAAAUAUGUAAACAGGAGGAAAAUUUUACUUAAUAUAGGCAGAUAUGUAUAUAGUAGCACCAAAUGUGCCCCAAUACAAAACGCUGUAUCUACCCCGGAUAUUGUAUUUUUCUAUUUCCCCUUUUCCUAUUGUUUUUAAAUAAUUGUUUAAGGUCAUAAACAAACCUUCACACCGUUAAGUUAAAAUCAAUUAUUGUUUUUCAAGUUAAAUAUAAAGAUCAAAAACUAAGUACGUAACAGACCCCUAUAUAGACAGCAGCAACUGUAUCCGAAGUACAGCUAGAGAUUUGAAAUUUCGAAUUUGCUAGAAAUGGGGAAUUUUGAAACGUAAUAUUAGUGGUGGGUUAUGCCACUUGGGUAAAUAAAGGUUUUUAUAUUAAGAUAAUAUAUGUACAUAUAUUCAAGUACGUUCAUAUUUAAUUAAUAACUAUUGUAACCAAAAUUUUGGAGGAUAUGCGGGAGAUAUUAGUCAAUUUGCGACUGAUCUGAUUACCUUAGAAAAGAUAACCUCUUAGUUAAACGUUAUGCCGCAUAAAAAUUAAUUAUGUUGUAAGCCAUAUAAAUAAUACAGUACAAGAGUAGUGAAAGUGUAUCUUGAAUUUCAUCAACGACCGUGAUUUGGCAACUGAAGGAAUACUUCCCGAAGCGCACAAUCGCUUUAUAGCUUCAGUGCGAUGACCAACAAAAACAGUGAGGAGCAAAAUGACACACUAGAACUGUCGAGCAGCAGCAGCAAUGAUAGUAAAACAAGUCUUAAUUCGAAGGUGCUGCGCCAUAAUGAUGAUAAUUCUUUGUUUGUUAAGAAGGUCGGCAGUGCCCUUUUCUAUGGAAUGUCAUCCUUCAUGAUAACCGUUGUGAAUAAAACAGUGUUAACAUCAUACCACUUCCCAUCGUUUAUGUUCCUCAGUUUGGGCCAGUUAAUGGCAAGUAUUCUUGUACUAAGACUUGGACGGAAGUUGAAGCUCGUGACGUUUCCUCCACUAAAACGAAAUACCUUUAUGAAAAUUUUUCCAUUACCAGCAAUAUACCUUGGAAACAUGAUGUUUGGUCUAGGUGGCACAAAGGAAUUAAGCUUACCAAUGUUUGCCGCACUGCGUCGUUUUUCAAUAUUAAUGACGAUGUUACUGGAAUUAAAAAUAUUAGGAGUACGACCUUCCUUUGCUGUACAAGUUAGUGUGUACGCCAUGAUAGCUGGUGCACUUCUGGCCGCUUCGGAUGAUCUGUCAUUCAACAUGAGAGGAUAUAUCUUCGUAAUGAUAACCAAUGCGUUCACUGCACUGAAUGGAGUGUAUGUAAAACAGAAGCUGGGCACUUCGGAAAUUGGCAAAUAUGGUCUAAUGUUUUACAACUCACUCAUAUACAAGAGGAAUAGCAGUGUAGUAUACUAAGAAAUUUAACUUGUAGAAAAGUAUUACAGUAAUCCCCGCUUAAGUGCGAUGUAACACUUUUGAGGCACUAAAGCGGGGAAAGGCACUUAAAUUAAUUCCGCUUAAAUGCCUCGAGGUACUUACCAAGCUUUUUCUCAAAUACUUCUAUCUACUAUUUUCGUUUAGAAUGAAAGUCAUUCUUAUUAAUAACAAUAAUUGCAAAAAAAAUUAAUUUGUGGUUUAAAUAUUACGGGCAUUUAAGGGGGAAAGGCACUUAAACGGUGAGGCACUUACGCGGGGUUCACUAUACUUGUAUAAAUUGUAUUGCAGAAACAUUUAACACAAAAUGAAAAUAUGCUAAAAUUAAAAAUGUUGUUUUUAUUCAGAAUUUAGUUUGCACAAUUGUCAUUUAUUUGCCAUAGAAACUUCUUGUUUGGGAAUAUACAUAUUAUAUAAAUAUUCACACGUUUAUGCCACUUGAGUAAAAAAAGGUUUUCAUAUCAAUAUUAAGAUAAUAUACGUUCAUACUUAAUUAAUAACUAAUGUAAUCAAAACUUUAGUGAAUAUGCGGAAGAUAUAACAAAUUAAUUUAUUUGAUAAAAA